CAUGAGGGUCAACCAACACACCAAGAUCCAGCACCACGUUCCCUUCAGGGAGUCGAAGCUGACUCACUUCCUGCAGUUCUUCUUCUGUGGUGCCGGACGCGUCUCCAUGGUGGUGAACAUCAGCAGGAACUCCGAGUGUUUCGACGAGACGCUGAACGUCCUCAAGUUCUCCGCUCUCGCCCAAAAGGUGGUGCUGCUGAGCUCCAGGCCGCCGCCGGUAGACGGCGCCCCCCACAGGUCGGCUCUGGAAGUGUCUCUGAUCAUGGAUGAGGCGGAGCAGCGCAGGACAAAGAGGAAGAGCUCGAUGGUGGCCUGGGAGACAAGUCUGGAGGACGUGAUGGAGGACGGGGGAGAGGAGGAGGAGGAGGAGGAGGAAGAGGAGGAGGAGGAGGAAGAAGAGGAAGAGGAAGAGGAGAGUCCCAUGGAGAGAACAGUGCUGGAGGCCGGAGCAGAGGAGGGGGACGGGACCAUAUUCUAUUCCAAU